AUGGAUGAUUCUGCAAGUUUUCCAGAUCAAGUAGAUACAACAGAAGAAGCGGAAGAGACACUUUCUCUUUGUGAUUUUCCUCUAAAUGUUGACGAACCCGAAAGGAAGGAUUUUCCCAAGAUUCAAGAUCGAAGAUCAUCGUCCGAACCCUCGGAUUUCUUCGAGUUCUUUAGUGAUGUUAGCUCCGACAUGUCCCAUGCAGAAGACAUCAUUUUCUGUGGUAAACUCGUACCCUACAAAGAACGACCUCUUUUCAAGGAUCGUGUUCACAAUUCUCUUUCUUCAGAUGAUAAUAGCUUAAAGACUUUUACUACAAGAAGGUGCGAAUCAUUGUCUGAUCAGAACACAAGAUCGCACAAAACGAAGAAGUUGAUGAGAAACAGCCGCUCUUUAGAUUACAGAAAACUACGUCGUAAUUCAAGCUUGGUAAUGAAAUCUGACGACUCGGAAAUUCAAAGAAGUUCAUCCAAGAGUUCGACAAAAUCUGAUGUCCCGGGAUCAAAGGUAUCGAAACCAAGAUGGCAUAUUUUGAUGUUUGGCCUAGUGAAAUUUCCACCGGAGAUGGAUCUACAAGAUAUAAAAAGCCGGCAGGUUCGCCGGAAUAAUCCAGGGAGUAUGUUUCCGGCUAUUGAGACCAGCACGAAGGCUCCUGUCAACCGGAACGAGCGGAGAAAUUCUUGGGGUCAUGAUUUGUUAAGGGUGUUAAGUUGCAAAAGUCAUGGUAGCGUGGCCGUGACAGCCUCCAUUGAUUUUGUGCCUCAAGUUUGA